AUGCACAUCUCUCAGGACCUGUACGGCUAUGAAGGAAAUCUGACGUGUCUCUGCCUGUGCCUCUCGUGCUCCACAAAGGCCUCCAAUCAACGCGCGGUGGUGCCUGUGCGCUCCAAGGUGGUGAGCACGCUCAUCAAUGUGCACGUGUGGGGACCCCAAACGUCAACGACAGUAGUGGAGAAAAAGAAGAGCAACGGUGCUACAGUCGCGGCCAUCCUACUGGGUCUGAUCGCAACUGUCCUCGCUGUGUGUUUGACUGUCAUGUGCGUGCGAAAGUAUUGGUUGGCGCGGGAGGAGGAGGUAUAUCGGGUGGAGACACUUGACAACGAGCUGUAUCGUGUGGGACAUGAUUCCGAGCUGGAGGUGCCCGUCGAUGUGGACAUAGGAGUGAUGAAAGCGGUGGAGAGGGUGCAGUGA